CUUGUCCUUCUUGUUCCUUCUUCGGGAAGGCGACCCAUUCCCCUCUCGGGCUCUCCCCCGCCCCCCAAAAAUUCUCACCAUGGCCUUCGAAUCUCCCUCUCACACCGCCGCCUCCUCCUCCUCGUCGGCCUCCGGCAACGCCAAAAAGAGGAAAACCAUGUCCGACUCCUCCGGCCCUUUUCCCCGAAUCAGAAACCCUCGGAACUCUCUCCGCCCCAAGAAUUCCCCCUUCGCCGAUUUCGGAAGUUAUAUGGUGGAGAAGAAUAAGAAGCUGCGAGAACAAUUCGAUUCGGCGGCUUCCACUUCAUCCCUUCAAGAUUCCGGUGAUGGGAAGAAGGGCAUCUUCCAUGGGGUUUCUAUUUUCGUCGAUGGAUUCACUGUUCCCUCCAGUCAGGAACUAAAGGCAUAUAUGCUGAAGCAUGGUGGGCGGUUUGAGAAUUACUUCUCAACGCAUACAGUGACUCAUAUCAUUUGCAGUCACCUUCCUGAUGGUAAAAAGAGGAACUUCAGGUAUUAA